GUGUGUAUUUGGCAGACCGCUUUUUCUCGCUCUCUCUGAACUUCCUGCUCAGAGCAGUGUAUCCCUACGGCCCUCCUUCAUCAUCACUAUGAAGAGCAUCACCGCUUGUGUCAUCCUUGCUCUGGCAGCCACUACGUGGGCUGCCUCUCUACCUGCAAUACGGCCAAAAAGCAUAGUUCAGUGCCCCAAAUAUUCUGAUUAUACUGUAUGCACCUUGGAGUACAAUCCUCAUUGUGGAUCUGAUGGAAGAGUAUACGGCAACAAAUGCUUGUUCUGCAGCGCCGUUGCGAGGAGCCGCGGCACACUUUUUUUCGUAAAAUAUGGACCAUGCAGGGUCUCCCCGGUGCCCAAGGGCCCUACGUAUAUUUUGGAAGAGUCCACAUAGAGAACUGGUUUCCCUAGGACGGUUGUGGGGACAAAUCCAGAGACCUGAUUCUUCAAUAAAAGAUUCUCAGCAGAAA